UGGAGGAAACCUGGCACCAUGCAGCAGGGACUGGGAGACUAGUCAGGAUCGAGGAAAAGAUUAAUGGAGCAAAGUACAGAGAUGAAAACCUGCUCCAGAGUGCUCAGGUCCUCAGACUGGGGUGAAGAUUCACCUUCCUACAGGACAAUGACCCUAAGCACACAGCCAAGACAAUGCAGGAGUGGCUUCAAGGCAAGUCUCUGAAUGUCCUUGAGUGGCCAGUCAGAGCCCGGACUUAAACCCAAUCGAACGUCUCUGGAGAGACCUGAAAACGGCUGUGCAGCGACACUCCCCAUCCAGAUUGAGAGGAUCUGCAGAGAAGAAUGGGAUAAACUCCCCAAAUACAUGUAUGCCAAGCUUGUAGAGUCAUACCCAAGAACACUUGAGGCUGUAAUCAAUGCUAUAAGUGCUUCAACAAAGUACUGAGUAAAGAGUCUGAAUACAGUUUUUUCUUUGUCAUUAGGGGGUAUUGUGUGUAGAUUGAUGAGAAGAAAAAAAAAAGAUGUAAUCUGUUUUAUAAAAAGGUUGUAACAACAAAAUGUGAAAAAAGUGAAGGUUUGAAUACUUUCCGAAUGCACUGUAUAUUAUACUAGUGAGACAUGCUGUACUAGCCAUAUGAAAUGGUCUAGUACAUUUAUACUCCACUGGUACUAUAUACUAUACUAGUCAUAUGAUAUAGUACAUAUAUACUGUACUAGUCAUAUGAUAUAGUAUAGUACAUAUUCUGUACUGGUGACACAUACUGAACUAGUCAUAUGAUAUAGUAUAGUACAUAUGUACUGUACUAUAUCAUAUGACUAGUGCAGUAAAAAUAUAUACAUGCAUACAUACACACUACAUGACCUAAAGUAUGUGGACACCUGUUCCCUCGAACAUCUCAUUCCAAGCUCAUGGGCAUUAAUAUGGAGUUGGUCCCCCGUUUGCUGCAAUAACAGCCUCCACUCUUCUGGCUUUCCACUAGAUGUUGGAACAUUGCUGCAGGGACUUGCUUCCAUUCAGCCACAAGCGCAUUAUUGAGGUCGGCACUGAUGUUGGGCGAUUAGGCCUGGCUCACAGUCGGGGUUCCAAUUAAUCCCAAAAGUGUUCGAUGGGUUUGAGGUCAGGGCUCUGUGCAGGCCAGUAAAGUUUUUCCACACCGUUCUCGACAAACCUUUUCUGUAUGGACCUUGCUUUAUCCACGGGGGCAUUGUCAUGCUGAAACAUGAAAGCGCCUUCCCCAAACUGUUGCCACAAAGUUGGAAGCACAGAAUCGUCUAGAAUGUCAUUGUAUGCUGCAGCGUUGAUUUCCCUUCACAAGUCUGGGAAGGAGCCCGAACCAUUAUUCCUCCUCCAACCAACUUUUCAGUUGACACUAUGCAUUCGGGCAGCUGUUUUUGCUCCUAGAAGUUUCCACUUCACACUAACACCACUUACAGUUGACUGGGGCAGCUCUAGCAGGGGAGAAAUUUGAGGAAAUGUGGCAUCCUAUGACAGUGCUACGUUGAAAGUCACUGAGCUCUUCAGUAAGGCCGUUCUACUGCCAAUGUUUGUCUAUUGAGAUUGCAUGGCUGUGUACUCAAUUUUUCUACACCUGUAAGUAAUGGGUGUGGCGGAAAUAGCUGAAUCCACUAGUUUGAAGGGGUAUCCGCAUAUUUUUGUAUAUGUAGUGUGUGUACUGUACUGGUGAUAUGUACUGUGCUAGUAAUAUGAUAGUGUGUGUAUAAUAUAAUGUACUAGUGAAUGAGAGUAUAUGUACUAGUAAUAUUAUAUAGCAUAUAUAGUGUUUGUCUGUCCAGGUCUGAUGGGGUGUGUGUUUCCCGAACAAAACAACAAGCAGCAAUUGCCCCUGCUCUCCUGGACAUGUGAACACAUGUCCCUGGGGACAUGAAGUACACUACUCUAGAGCAGAGCCUUAUGAGGCAGCCCUAUGAAGCUCGGGCCAAAGUACUGAACUAUGUAGGGAAUAGAUUUCCAUUUGAGAUCCGCCUCCGGGGAUCUGACUAAUUCUGCUGUUGUCUUUAAGCUUCUCUUGCCAGUGUUAAAUUGAUAGUUUUUUUUUAUUGUGCGUUUUAAUUUAUAUUUGAUUAUUGUUAUGCUAUUUUACAUGCACAGUACUUUACAGAAUUUGUCAUGAUAGAAAAUGAAUGUGAUGUCCUUCCUGAUUUUAGGUCUAUAUUUAAAUAGCUCAUAAGAAGUGUUCUCUCAUUUGAACCCUUUAGAUCCAGGAGCUGCUGUUCAUCUCAAUGUAUUUAUCUAACCUUAACUACCCCUUAUAGACUGGCCUCUGACUGUAUUUAUCUGAAGUAGAACCGAGCAAUAGGUCUGUGGAUGAAGGUUAUGUUUAUACAACUAAAGAAUCCUGUCAUUUCAAGUCUGGGGAAUGUCGUCUACUGUGUUGUCUUCUACUUCCCCCUAGCUCUGAUCCAUACUAUCACUACGUUCUCUACUGCCCCUAGCUCUGGUCUAUACUGUCACUACAUCCUCUACUGCCCCCUAGCUCUGGUCUAUACUGUCACUACAUCAUCUACUACCCCCUAGCUCUGGUCCAUGCUGUCACUACAUUAUCUCCUACCUCCUAGCUCUGGUCCAUAUUGUCACUACAUUCUCUACUUCCCCCUAGCUCUGGUCCAUGCUGUCACUACAUUCUCUACUGCCCCCUAGUUCUGGUCCAUGCUGUCACUACAUUCUCUACUGCCCCCUAGCUCUGGUCCAUGCUGUCACUACAUUCUCUACUGCCCCCUAGCUCUGGUCUAUACAUCCCUGAUACUCGGAGCAUGUAACAGACCUUAAGAGGAUAUAAAGCCCAUUGGAUCAACUGACAGUAAAGUGUAGCAUCAAUCUUCAUGCCUGGUUUAACUGUCAUUUAAUAGGAUCUCUGGGUUUACCUUUCAAACAUGAUAGUUGUAAAGGUUCUGUUAAAUGUACCCAGCUGUUUAAUAUUUACUCUUUUAACCAUGCUUAUUCAUUGGUAUUCACAAUAAAACUAAAAGCCAAAUAUCCAGAAUAUUGUGGUUUACUAUAUCAUUUCUGUAUGACUGGCUUUUCUUUUUACACUGAUCAUGUUCUAGGUUAAUAGGUAAUGUAGUUGACAUGGGUAAUGGUCUAGGUUGAUAGGCAAUGUAGGUGACAUGGGUAAUGGUCUAGGUUGAUAGGUAAUGUAGCUGACAUGGGUAAUGUUCUAGGUUGGGAUAUAUAAUCUAGUUGACACUGGUAAUGUUCAACAAUAUUUUCCCCCUUAGUACAGUAUGGGAGUGCUUCUUCUUGCGACCCCAUAAAAAGUUGAGCGUGACUACCUUAUUGCCUUAGUAAUAAAAGUAUACGAUUUCCCGAGUCGUGUGAUGUGUAAGCAGUGUUGGUGAGCAGAGUCCACAGGAGGGUUCACUGGUUUCUGCUCCAGUCAGACAGAACAGGAGUAGUUUCAGACCAGACUGGUGUUGAGUGAGAGGUUGAUAAAGGAAGGGGCUGUAUCUAAACCCUGGGGAACAAGGGUUAAAGACAUGCCAUCAGGGCGGAUGAUCAAGCUGGUGGUGUAUGAGGUGUUACAGGUCGCUUGUCUCAGUGUUCCAAUGUUCGUGGUGAUGGAGAGGUUUGCUUCCCUGAUGCUCCAUGUCAGAGGAGAUCUGACUGCCUAUUGGUUGGUGGUAGCAGCUUCCAUUGCCUACGUUACCUCUGUAUCUCUGCUGGUCUGGGUUCCACUCCGGUACUUUGUCCUCAAGCAGCGCACGGUCAUCACAGACAUCACGCAGUGGAGACCAACAACAUUGGCCUAUGUGAUUCUGUGCACAUUACCAUGCUUCUCUAUUCUGAUCGCCGGUUCCAAGGUGCAGGUGGAUAAGGGACCCCAGUACAGACAGGACCACUUCUCUGAGCUGCCCGUCUCUCUUGUGCUCUUCUCUCUCAUCUGUGUGGAUAUCAUCGAGAGGAUCCGGCCGUGCUGCCUCACUGGGCAAGCAGACCGUAUGGAAAUGGAUCUGGACAUGCCUGGUCCUGUUCUGACCCACCUGGAGCAGGUGAACAGCGUGUCGGGCCAACUGUACUAUGAGAGGGGGCAGAACGGGGUGUUGGGGAACAGUUCUGCUACAGGGAGGUGGAGAGACCAGGAAGCAGUCGGCUCACGACCAACCAGCGCGGGCUACCUGUACUCCUCGUCACACUCCCACUCUGGCCCGCUCCGUGUCCUGUGGUCCCAGGAUAUGAGGUCAGAGGUGAUUGUUCACAGCUUCCUGUUCUGGAUGGAUGUGGUGGAGCUGGUGCGCGUGGCGGGGAUUCCAGAUGUGUUUUACUCUGGCUGGGUGUUUGCUGUCUACAGCCUGGCAUUUCUGUCCUGUCUCCGUCUGGCAGUGACGCCUCACAGCGCAAUACUGCCAUCAGCUGGCUUUUUUCUGCAGGACCUGCCUUUCCUGCUGCUGCGCCUCGGUCUGAUCUCUGUCCAUGGCUACAUCACACCCCUGCUUUACCCAAUGAAGAACCUGUUGGUCUGCCUUACAUUCACCUACUUCAACUUCCUGACCAAGCUCCGCCUCUUCCGCAGAGAUAGCAUGUUCUAGUCUUGCCCACCAGACACUCUCUCUCUGUCGAGACGUCUGGUUUCACAGCGCCUCAGAACUGGACUUGACGGGGAGUCUAUGGCAGGAGCAGUGAAAAGUGGAAAGUACAUUUUAUCUGUACGUUUAUUUACUAUUUACAACUUUUACUCCACUACAUUCCUAAAGAAAACAAUGUACUUUUUACUCCUUACAUUUUCCCUGACACCCAAAAGUACACAUCACAUUUUGAAUGCUUA